UUUCUAUUGAACUAGGAAACCUGUUUUGGGGAAUCCUACUGCAAUUUAAGUACUUAGUUGUACUAAUAGGACUUGUAACAAAGAUUUCCAUGGUCUGUAGCCUGUGGCUGUGAUCAGGUAACCCUUCCAGGAUCAGAAUAAUUUUGUUUAAGAAGAAAAAGGGAGAUAUGUCGUUUCAUAAAAAGCUACAGGAGGUUGACGAUGGUUCCUUUGAUGAACUAUUGAAAAAGAUUGAACAGCAAACGGAGGAUAAAGCUGAAAGGGAGAAGCUGUUGACAGAGAUCGUCUUGCAAAAUUUCAUGAGGAGAUGUGCUCUGAAUUCCCAGAAAGGCAGGGAAAACUUGAAGCCAUCGUCAGGAACAGAUCUAAUCCCGGAAAAGUUGAAGAGUUAUAUAGAAAACAUACAAGCUUCUGAGCCAAUGUUCGUUAUAGAAAAGAGACUGACUAAUUCUGAUUUGAAUGAGACGUCUCAGGGUCGUCUGUCAAUACCAGAAAGCAAAAUCAAUGCUGAUCAGUUCCUUGGAAAACAAGAAAUUGAAAAGCUUAAUAAAGAUGGAGCGCUGCCAGUUACGUUGAUAGAAAUUGGAACUGAUCCUGUUGUGGAAACCAAUCUGAGGUUGAAAAAGUGGAAGACAAAUUAUGGAUUGACUGAAAAGUGGAAUGUAGUUAAGAGAAGGAAUGAAGAGAAAUUCAAAAGUGUUGAUGGGGUUAAUGCUGUCAUUCAAUUAUGGUCUUUCCGACACAAAUCAAGGCUAUAUUUUGCACUCAAUGUAGUUGAAGAAGAAGCAAAAACUGGGGUUGCAAUUACGAAUGGAAACAAUGGUGGUGGUUCAAGUAGCAGCCUCAACAAAUCUAACACCGCUUAG